AUGGCCUGCAUCUAUUUUGAAAGUGUUCUGGUAUAAGCCACUAGUUUGAUGGUAUUUUAAUUAGUUUGCGAUGCUAUGCAUUCCCCAAGCUUAUUAUUAUUUAUUAACAUUGAAUCUUUUACCCCCAUAAAUAAGUGUAUAAAAAUAAAAUUAUUGUUUCUAUUGUUUAUUGUUAAAUUACAAUAAACUGUCCCAUAAGCCUAAGUUUUCAGGUAUAGCCACAUGAACGUUUCCAAUGACCUAUUUAAGGUCCUGCAGCAGCAUUUUAAUCAGAUUUAUGUAUGGACUUUGAGUAAACUACUUCAAAAUCUUAAUUUAUUUUCAUUUUCAGCCAUUCACAGGUGGACUUGUUGGUGUGUCUUGGACUUUUGUCAUACUGCUUAACCCAUGUGUGCUUGCACUUAAAGUCAUGACAGAACAUCCUUCUCCUGGAUUUUCUAACAGAGAGUAGAACUUUGACUGUUAGUACGAUUUUUUUCCCAUCCUAUAGACCAGCUAUUACAAGGUGCACAUGUUCCCAAAAAGUUCCACUUUUAUCUAUAGAUGAAUGUGAGACAGGCCUCUUUGUUCUUGUUGGCCAGCAGUGGUUUUGGCCUUGGAUCUCUCCCAUAGAUGAUAUUUUUGCCUCGUCUCUCUUUCUUGUUGUUAAAUCAUGAACACUGACCUUAGCUGAGACAAGUGAGGCCUACAGUGCUUUAGAUGUUAUUUUUAGUUCUUUUGUGACCUGGAUGAGUUGUUGAUGCACUCUUUGAGUAAUUCUGGUAGGCCAGUCUGACCUACUCCCAUGUUUUCUCUAGUUGUGGAUAAGUGCUCUUACUCUAGUUUGCUGGAGUCUCAAAGCCUUUGAAAUGACUUUGUUGUCAUUUUCUCAGAAAGAUAGAUGUCCGUUCUUUACAUUGGGACAGGAUCAGUUGCUGUUAGAAAACAUGUAGCCAAGGGAUGGCUAAUAUGAACUUAGAGUUUUAUCAUGAUAUUUUAUGAUACUAUUGUUAUAAUGAUAAAAGUGAUGAUAAGAACAAUUUAUUACUUCUUUUUUACUGUAUAACUGCAACUGCAUGGCACAGCAAUGAUAGCCCCACAAACACUAAUAAUGCUCUUGAAAAACAUGCCCAUUUCUAAUAUGCUAAUAUAGUCACAUAAAGAAGUGAUUUAUAUCAUUAACCUGCACACAUUUAAUUAUAUUUUCAAAUGUAUAUAUAUAUGUUGAACAAACUGGAAAAAAUAGUAAAGAAAAUAACAAUCCCAACAAUAAGGCCAGUUUUAGGGUUUUGUAAAUGUCACUUCAUUGGAAUUUAUUAUGACAACAAUAAAUUUAAAAUCUUAUCAUGACAAGAAAUGCAUCACAAUAAAUAAUAAAUGAUACAAAUUAAUUCUCACCUCCAGGUUAGCCUGUUUUCCGUUCUCAGAUCCAUUUAAUUGAUUUCCUGAGCUUUGCCAGUGGCCUGGAUGUGGGACACUGUCAAAUUAAAGCAGAAAAAUAAUUAUAUAAACAACUUUUUCCCAGCACUUUAUGCUACAGCAAAACAAAAGGUAUUGAUCUGAAGUCUUUUAACGCGUCUUAACCACAGGUGCUUGUGUGUUGUUGGAAACUCUCUCUGUUUGCCCCUCUCAUAAGCAAAUAACCGGUUUCAUAAUUUUCAACUUUUUUUUUACCGGUCAGACUAAUCUUUGUGACCCUUUUGGUUUUUCAUGGUGGUGGGAGGACCACAAUGCCCCUGUUUGUGGGCUACUUUGCCUCUAAUAUUGUAUGACUAGUCAUUAUGCAAUUACUAUAUUGUAUAACUGCUUUCGUUUUUCUGUGUUCCUCUAGUGUGUGUGCCCCCACUACCUGCAUUAGGUUGUGAUGACCCACACUACUUCCAAAUGUAUCUGUGACCCUCCCCAAUCCUGACUCCUAACCUCUAACCCCUGACCUUUGACCUCCACUAUGGGCAGUGUUGGCAGUGGGGUGGCAGGAGAGCAGGAGUUUGCCAUGAAGUCCGUGGGCACGAGGACCACCCUGCCCCGAGCCCCUCCUCUCUCUCGCCGCUGCCCUGCAGACCGCAGCUGCAGCGCCGAGCGGCUGCCUCGCGCUCCGGCAACUAUUUCGGACGGGACGGCGUCAAGCGAUGAGCGAGGCAGUGUUAGUAUCGGGACUGGGACCUGCACCGGGACUGACAGGCCAACAGAGACAGCAUCCUCAACCCACACUGAAUGUACCAUGACCGCCCCCUCCAACAACAACCAGCUGGACUGUGGGAACAUAGCUGUCAGGAGGGAGAGGGAGUGGGACAGGGAGAGGCAGCGCGAGAGGGGCAGGGACCGGGACCGGGACAGAGACUGGGACCGGGAGCGGCUCGAGAGGGAGCGCGAGAGGGAGAGAAACCGGGAGAGGGAGCGGGAGCGGGUGGAGAGGGAGAGGCUGGAGCGUGAGAGGGAGCGUGAGAGGGAGCGGGCCCGAGAAAGGGAGAGAGAGAGGAUAGAGAGGGAGAAGAUAGAGAGGGAGAGGGAACGAGAGAGGGAGAGAGAAAGGGAACGUGAAAGAGAGAGGCUGGAGAACGAGCGGAUGGAGAGAGAGAGGGAGAGGGAGAUGCAGAUGCAGGCGGCCAGUCUGGAUGUUUGUGGAAACAUUGUGGGUCGAGGAGUCAGCGAGAAGACCAGUGUGGGCAUGAACCACCACCAGCACAGAGACAUGGUUGCAACCAGAACCGACAAUGAAAACAAUCCAGUCGGCCACAACCCACCCAAGAUCAUGGCCGUGUCAGGAAAACUGGAGCAGGCGAUGCAGAGCACCUCCGGCCUCGUCCGUCCUUCCGCCUUCAAGCCGGUGGUUCCCAAAAGCUUUCACUCCAUGCAGAACCUGGUGGGCCAGGCGGGAGGGGCCGGGGGCGAGGGAAAGACCGACGCCAGGGGUGAGGGAUUCAGUGAGGGUAGAGUAGGCAGGAGAGGCAGAGAUGCAGUGGGAGGGGAUGGAGGAGAGGUACCAGAGGCCCUGCUCCUGGACCAAGACAGUCCUGUUAGGGUCAGCAGGAGUGAUGGAGGGGGAAAUGGUACUGAGGUGGUUCAGGGAGGGAUGUCAGAUUCAGGGAGAAACUCCCUGACUAGUCUGCCCACUUACACAGGCUCUGGGUCUGGCUGUGGGCCCCCAGCAGUCUUAGGGCCCCUCAGUGCUUCUACCAGCCACAUUAACAGAUUGGGCAUGGCGGGGGCAGCUGCAGGUCUGGACAAACUGGACAAACCUGGCUACCAGCAGAACGGGCUGAGCGCCUCAGACAGCGGUCGGUCCUCCUCGGGGAAGAGCUCCUCGUCCUAUCAGAGGCUGAGCCACCUGAGUGACGCUCCAGCACCUCUGCGACCCUCCCCCUCGUCUGAUGACAUCAUCCAGGACCUCGAGGACCGACUGUGGGAGAAAGAGCAAGAGGUACAGCAUAUGCGCAGGAACCUGGACCAGAGUGAGGCGGCCAUCAUUCAGGUGUUUGAGGAGAAGCAGCGUGUUUGGGAGCGACAGAUGGAUGAGCUGAGACAGAACUACGCUUCACGUCUUCAGCAGGUGACCCGCCGGGCUCAGCGUUCCCAGACCGCCCUGCAGGCCCAGAUCACUCGUCUGUCUCAGGACAAGAGGAGGCUCCAGGAGGAGAUGGCGGCCCUGUUGGCUCAGAGAGAGGAACUGGAGAGAAAGUGCCUGGACUACAGGAAAGAACAGGCUGACAUCCUGCCGCGUCUGGAGGAGACCAAGUGGGAGGUUUGUCAGAAAGCAGGUGAGAUUUCCCUGCUGAAGCAGCAACUCAGAGAGAGUCAGGCUGAAGUGACCCAGCGGGCCGGAGAGAUGGUGGCCCUCAGGGGCCAGCUGAAGGAGCUCAACGCCCAGCUGAGGGAGCGGGAGGAGGUCAUGCUGGGUCUGAAGGACUCCUACAGCUCAAAGUGUCUGGAACUGGAGAAGUGUGAAGGCGAGCUGAGGAGGACACUGUCUGAGGUGUCCAUCCUGAGAGAGAAGCUGGGUGUGUUUGAGGCAGAGGUGCUAAGUUUAAAGCGUGCUCUGAGUGAAGCGAGCAGAGGAGCAGAAGUGAUUGUGAGCCCGAACUUAGCUGCAGCAGGGUUGCUGCCACCGUGGGGAGCUGUCCACUGCCCUCGAAACCCGACUGAGCCCUCCACCAGCUCGCUCACCCCCACAUCCGACACCCUGCUCAGCCUGCAGAGCGAUGAAGCCAAAGCCCAAAGGCAGGAAGCUCAGAGGCAGGAGAGGCAGCAGCGUGAAGAAGCUCAGUGGCGCGAUGUGCAGCACCGACAAGACACCCACAUGCAACCGGACAUCCAAAUGGGUCAGAACCCGCAGAUCAGACCGGAGGCCCAGCUCCGCCAGGAAGCCCAGCUCCGCCAAGAGGCUCACCUUCGCCAUGAGGCCCAUAUUCGCCAAGAAGCACAGCUGCGUCAGGAGGCCCAGCUCCGCCAUGAGGCUCAAAUGCGCCAAGAGGCCCAGCUCCGUCACGACUCCCAACUCUGCCAGGACAUGCAGCUGCGUCAGGAAGCCCAUCAACCACAGCGGGCGCAGGAGGGUCACUGGGAUGAGGCCGGGGAGCUGCGCAGGCAGCUUGAGCAGCUGCAGGGUGUACUGCGCUUGGAGAGGCAGCAGCGGGAACGACAGGCCCUCAACUUUGACCAGGAACGGCACACCUGGCAGGACGAGAAGGAACGGGUAUUGAAGUAUCAGGCACAACUGCAGCUCAGCUAUGUGGAAACUCUACAGAAAAACCAAGCUUUGGAAAAGCGCAUGAGCCAGUUGGGAACCAAGCAAACCACAGUCUCCACCACCACUGUCACCACUGCCACCACCUCCCCAACCUCCUCCAACUCACCACCUCCACCACCAGCCAUGUCGCCAUUGUCUCCUCAGCAACUCCCUUCCUUCUCUGGUCCAUCUUCCCUUUCUGGUCCUUCGUCUCUCUCUGGUCCUUCUUCUCUUUCUGGUCCCCCUUCCCACUCUGGACCUCCAUUUCUUUCUGGUCCACCUUCCCUUUCUAGUCCUCCUUCCCUCUCUGGUCCUCCUUCCCUCUCUGGUCCUCCUUCCAUCUCUGUUCCUCCCUCCCUUUCUGGACCCAUCGCCCUCACUCUCUCUCCUCCUUGUGAAGACCAAAAGGGCCCCCCCUCACUCCACCAACUCGCUCCUCCAUGGGCCGGACCGUCGCGCCUGGAGAGGAUAGAGUCCACAGAGAUAUAGAUACAGAUUCAUGAUGCUAAUGUUCUUUUUUUUCUACACUCACAGUGGUGAGGCCUCUUACACAAAACCCAUUUCAGCAUACAGUAGAACCCAAGGUCUAAAACAAUCACUUUUUUCAAAGCAACAAACCUAUCAGGAACAAACGUCAUAUCAACAGGAAACUGAACUACAUUCUGCAUUAUUGCUGAAUUUUUAACCUCCUAAGAGGCCUUUCUCUCUCUUAGUGUUGCACACAGAUACAUCUUACAUUAUCAGAAAUGUGUGCCAUGGGGUUGGAUGGCAAAAAAAAAUAGAAAACAAUGAAAAAAAAUUUAAUUACAGACCUAUUACAUGCAUCAUUUAAUUCCCAUGCCAGAAAAGGAACAAGACAAUCAGGGAUAUUGUCGGAAAUGAUUAACAAGAAUAUAUUGUGCUGUUUAUUCAUUGUAAGUCUAUGUCACUGAUUAUGUAAAAGUAGAAUUAGUGGUCAGAGUGUGUGACGUCAACUUACAUUUUGGCCAGAGAGCGCUUUACCCCAUCCUUCCCAGCAAGUGUAAGAGAGCAAACUGGUGCUGGGAACUGAAAAAAAAAAGAAGAAAAAAAAAAGAUAGAGAGCAUGGUUAUUUAUUUUCAGUGCUUUAACUGUAAUAUCGGCACACCAGCUGCGCAAGACUAUUAUACGGGGCUGGACUGUUUUCUUUUUUAAUCUCAGCAGAUGUUGACCUCUGAAGUCUCACACACAUACACAAACAUACACUGCACAGGGUCCAACAUACAUGGCCCAUUUAAACACUAAGACCAAGAGAAUUUAUAUUUUCUACAAAUUGAAUUUAAAUACAAUUGUUUAGCAGAUAAUCAGCCCAAACUGAGUAUAAAUGACAUUUUUAAGCAUAAGAGAACUCCAUCAGCUCUCACUUUAGAUUCAAUGCAGUGACCAACAAUGAAGGUCACAGGAGCACGUUUCCAGCUGAACUCCUUUACUGAACUGCAAGAACGUGAAUGUACUCACACAGUUUGAAUUUGAGUAAUAUUAUGAUAAUUGUGUCUCUGUACAUUCACUGCCAAGAAACCAGCCAUUCAGUCAGGCAGGCAGUCAGUACCCCCAAAGGGAAAAUUUUUUAUAGAAUGUAUGAUAUACUUGCAGAAAGAUAUACCUAUUAUAGUUAUAGAUUGUAAAUGUGCGUGUGAGGACGUAUGAAAGAGAGUGUGUGCAUGUGUGUAUACAUAUGAAAAGCUUCAGCUUAUGAGAUUGAGGAUAGAGGGACUAGUGGCAAUACAAACUAAGAAGUAUGAAGGGAAAAGAUGCGAUGCAUAUUUUAAAAAUAUUGAGACGCGUAAAAUGAAAAUAAAAACACAUUACAAUGCUUUGCAAAUCUUCAACAAGUGGAUAAAGCUGUCAUGUGAUCUCCUGAAAUGGUACUGAGAUGGGGCAGUCUGGGUUUUCCUACUGGGUCUGUUACCUGGGCAGCUGCAAUAAGUGGAAUACCACCAACGGCUGGAUGAUAAACGCGUAUUUCAGUCACUAUGGGACAUAGAACACAUAUUAAAUGUCGAAACUAAUAUAUUGCAUCAUUUGUUCGAGACUCUAAUAAUAAUCAAUACAAAAAAAGAAAGUAUGGAGACCAGUUGCUGAAGUUUUUGGAUGGACAGUGCUAUCCCGUUCUUGUCCAAUACAGGAUAGAAAAAAGUCCUGAGUCGCCACGCAGGCAAAUUCAGCCCCUGUUGAGAACAUAUGCUGCUCUGAAACCUGUGUACUCACUUUAUUUGUUGCUGCAGCUUUGCAACAAAUCUGUCUUGAGAUGACUUGAAGUUUGUACCUCUCAAGCAGGAAGCAGCCAUAAAAAGAUGGGUACACUGUGGUCAUAAAGGGGUGAACAUGGUCAGGAACAAUACUCAGGUAGGUGGUGUUUCAACAAUCUCUAGUUGAAUCCAAGGGGCCUGUAAUGUGCAAACAAAUGUGUAAUUUUAUUUAAGUUUACUUCUGAGAGAUUCAACAUUAAAACCACACUGCUGCAAAUGGCAGUCAAGAGUUUCUUAUCUGGAAGGUAAACCCUCCAAGAUGCUGGUCACUCUGUGGUUCAAGCAGGGGACUCCAAGUGCCGUAGCGCCUCGUUGAUGAGAGAUAGAGCAGGAGAUAGACAGGAACUUCAGUUACAGUCACGCAGGCACUUCUCCCCUCUGCUGAUGUGAAGAAGGCUGAACCCAAUUGGUGCGUCUAUGUGCUCUUCCCUUUCUAUCGUCACAGGAUAUGGCUUAGGACAGAAAAAACAAGCUCUUGGGAUAAAAUGGUCAACAUGGGCUUCUUCUCUCAUCUCACCUUAAGUUGUGGAGUGAAGAGCUCAUACUUACAGCAGCUGCUCUUCAACACUGAGAGAAUUCAAAUGAAAUGGUUUUGGAAUCUUAAGGUGCUUCCAAGGAGCAUCCCUAUGAAGGCUUUCAUGGUACCCAUGGUUUGGGUGAAGACUCUUAUGAUGGCCGAGCAUUGGCUUGAGGAACUAUAUUUGUUUUCCUUCUGGGAAAGCCUUGGGAUCUACCUGAAUGAGCUGGAGAGUGUUGCUGGAAAGAAGGUGUCUGCAUGUCCAACUGUUACCCCAAUUGCCCAGUAUCAGAUAAAAGGAAGAGAAUGGAGGGAUGGAAACAGUGAUUCAUUAUCUGAGUUUGUACAUUUGGUAUGUUUACUAUAUUAUCUUCCAGUGAAUAAACUAUGAGUGUAGGGCAGGGGCCUCAGACUUCAUUCCUCAAGGCCGGUGUCCUGCAAUUUUUAAAUUUGCUUCAACACACCUGGCUCCAAUAUGAGCUCACUAGCAUAGAUCUGCAGAGCUAGACUGAAUAAUAGUGACACAAUUCAGUCCUUCACAAUUCAAGUGUGUAGGACAAGGGACACAUCUAAAAAUAACAAGUCUCUGGUCCUUGAGGAAUGCAGUUUGAGACCACUAAUUUAGAAGAUUUGCUGACCAUUGCAUUGCGUUUUUAUUUACAUUUAACACAAUGUUACAGCUUUUUAAAAUUUUGGUUGUAUAAAUAAAAGGUACAUAAAAGCUUGUGAGACUAAAAUUUUAUAUCAAGGGUGUGUGCAUAUCUAGAAAACUCUUACUUUCUUCUGUAUAAUUUGCAUAGACAAAAGCAGAGAAGGAGGAAGUUUAAAAAAAAAAAUCUAAAAGGUGGAAAGUUUGCCUUUUUAAAGGAGAGCAUUCAGGCUAACUGCACUAUGUAGUGUCCUACACAUGAGUUAUGAUGUAUAGUAGAGUCAGAUGUGAAUAUCACGGCUUUUAUAACUGUUGUUUAUGCCAGCAUUAAAAAAAAUGUUGCUCAAGAAUAUUAACUUAUCUCUAAGGUAUUACAUAGUAUUAUCAUCUUUAUUACUGUUAUUAUAUUAUGGUGAAUUGAAGGAUGAAAAAAUAUGUGCCAUUUUAGCUUUCCUUUCUGUGUUUUUUUUAACUGUGUAGCUAGUCAAUUGGCUGCCCAUAAUGGUGCAAUCAUAGCAAACAUGUCCAAAAAAUAAAAAAAAUAAAUAACAAUGUUCUUUUUGUUGUAGGUGAUGUAGUUACAGUAUUGCAUUGUUUAGAGAGAAAAUGCUUCUGGUUUUAUACAUGUUUCAAAUUUUUAUUGUUUGCAUUUAUGUUAGUAGUACUGCUCUGGCUUGAUUAAAACCAUUCAUUUGUUAAUAUUCAGCAGAACUAAUAAAGAUAUGCAAAUUA